UCUAGUACCGAAUCAGUCAACUUUUAUUUGAGUAUUAUAAUUUGUAUUUUUUUAAAGCUAGCGGUGUGUAAAGUUUUGUUUCUUUGGUGAAUUACAAAGUAUUCAGCGUGGUAACUUAUUCUACAAUGGAUGUUAUGUCACCACAGCUUAUGUGGAUUGGGACGCGCUGUUAUCGUGUGAAUCAAGUUUCCGAGCAACAACGGUAUCAAGAGUACGAGCAGCAGGAUGAAAACAAACCGUACGUUGAAGAAGACCUGUUCGAGGAGGACGAUCGAGAGCUGGAAUAUGAUAUCCAAAUCGGCGAAGGUGGCAAGUUCCAAACAUCAUUCCACGUUCCAUCUAUCUUUUUCGCGAUGAUCAUCGGUGCCAAGGGUGCCACCAGGCGCCGCAUGGAGUUGGAAACUAAAACACAAAUCAUCGUACCGAAGCAGGGCUCCGAGGGUGAUAUUCUGGUGAAAGGAACCUUCCGGAGAGCGGUCACCUCCUGCCGACAGAGGAUCGAGUUGAUUGUGCUCGGUGCCCGUAGUCGGCAACAGUUUACACAUUUCCUGUCGAUUCCUCUGAACUCGGAUCAGAUCAAGCAAAAUUAUAAGAAGUUUCGCGUGAAAGUACUAACGGAGCUGCCGAGUGCUUUCAACUUGGAUGAUUCGUUGUUUCAGAAAGUGGAUAAGCUGCAUCUGACGUUGUGUACGAUGAGUUUGAUGGAUAAUGAUGACAGGUCACGUGCGGCUCAGUUGCUGCAGGAUUGUCGCGAAAUGAUUAUUGGACCAAUUCUCGCAAAUUUUGGCUCCGUUGAAAUUCGCCUACGCGGCUUGGAAUACAUGAACGAUGAUCCACGCGCUGUCGAUGUUCUGUAUGCCAGUGUGGAAUCGGAAGCUCUUCAGCAGAUUGCCGAUCAGGUAAUGGAAUACUUCGUUGAAAACGGACUGCUUCAGAAGAAGUACGAUCGAGUGAAGCUGCAUGUAACGUUGAUCAACUCGUUGUUCCGGGAUAAUGCAGAAGGCGACGGCGGUGACGAUAGACGUGGCUCGAGGGUCACCUUUGAUGCUACGGAAAUACUGAGAGAGUUCGGACAUUACGAUUUUGGACUUCAGAAAGUCACCGAGAUUCAUCUUUCCCAGCGUUAUUCGACGGCUUGCGAUGGAUUCUAUGAGGCGACCGGGUUGGUUAAGUUGUGAGAAAGGUAAAUGUUAGAAAUAUGGUAAUUUACUACAAUUCUCUGUUUGAAGUGAUAAUGAAUUUCUCGAAAUCCAUGGACUUUUCACAUAAAUAAUGGUAGUCACACUUGUGCUGGUUACUGAAAAACCAAUAACAUUAAAA